CUGCUCGCGCAGCCUCCGUUUCAUCUGCCCAUCGACCAAGAAUGGGCGUCCAGGGCUUCCAAGAGUUCCUGGAGAAACGUUGUCCCGGGGCCGUGGUGCCCGUGGACCUCCUCAAACUCGCGCGCACGGUGUCGCGGCAGCAGCAGCAGCACCAGCAUCGCCAACUGCCACCUCCUGCAGCCCUAGCGCCUGGAGCUCCACGCGCCUCGAGGGGUUCAGCUCCUCUACAACCGCCGCUCCAGCCCGCCGCCCUGGGUGCCUACGCCGGGGGCGCCGGGCCGACUCGGCAUCAUCAACCCGCUCACCACUUCUACCACCACGGCCAGCCGCAGCCUGGGCUGCCUCCACCUCCGCCGCCGCUACCCCCUUCGCUGCCCGGGGCCCGGGUGCUUGUGGAUGCUGGCUCAGCGCUGCCCCGGCUUUAUGGCGGCUACCAGACGGAUUGGGUGUGUGGCGGCCAAUGGAACGCCAUGCUGGGCUACUUGUCCGCGCUAUGCCAGGCUUGUGCCUAUCCCGGCGGCGAUGGCCUGGAGCUGGUCGUCAUGUUCCCCGGGGGCCUGGGUAAGGACAGGCUGGCUGAGUGGGGCCGUCGGUGCCAAGCCGAGCGGCAGACGGCGCAACUGAUCGUGGGACACGUGGGCAACAAGGGCACCCCUCCUCCACGGGCCUGGUUCCUGCCACCGGCCUGCCUGAGCCACUGCGUGAGGCUUGCACUCAUCCGCUUCCGGGUCAAGGUUUUUCAGAGCCUUGAAGACCAUCAUUUGGAAGUGGUGGCUUUUUUCAGAGAAAAUGGAUUCCAUGGACUUCUUGCCCAUGAUUCUGAGUAUGCCCUCUACAAUAUUCCUUCUUACUACAGUUCUCAUGCUCUGAAACUGAGCUGGAAUGGAAAGAAUCUUACCACCAACCAGUUCCUGAUACAGGAGGUGGCCAAGCAGUUGGGCCUGAAACGAAUUAAUUUUCCCAUAUUUGCUGCACUGCUAGGUAAUCACAUUCUUCCAGAUGAAGACCUGGCUGCUUUUCACUGGAGCCUGUUGGGACCAGAACAUCCCCUUGCAUCACUUAAGGUACGAGCUCAUCAGCUGGUUCUUCCUCCAUGUGAUGUGGUGAUCAAGGCUGUUUCUGAGUAUGUUAGUUCCAUAAAAGACCCCUCAAACCUGGAUGUGGUUGGGAAGGAUGUUUUCAAACAAUCUCAGUCCAGGACAGAAGAUAAAAUAGAGCGAUUCAAGAAAGCCGUUGAGUACUAUUCCAUCACAACAAAACUCUCUUCACUGCCAGUGGGCCCCACCUCUUUUCUAGGUUGUCGGAAUAAUCGACUUGGAAAUCCUCCCAUUCCACAAAAUCAAAUGGGAACAAUCCCUGCUGGAAAGCCAGUGUUCUCUCACCACAUGUCCCAGAAAAUGAAAUAUCCACCAACAUUCCCAAUGGGACCCAGCUCCUCUCUACUCUUCUCCCCCCAAGCUUUGGGGGAAACCCAGGCUUUUUCUGAGGAUCCUAUGCUGCAAGACAACCCCUUUGCAAAUUGGGCUGUCCCUUAUGAUUCCUCUGCAUCCCAGUUUCCCAGUUAUCUGGCUUCCAAAGGCUCACCUACUUUGGGACCAGACUCUUCCCACUCCUCUUCCUCUGAUGGUGAUGAGCCAAAUGGACCCAGUUCUGAUCACGUCACAGAAACACCUCAGCAGCCGCCUGGAUGGGAGGAUCCAAAUGGUGACAGGGGAUCUUGGAUACAGCCUGUGGAUGCUAGAGUUUCAGAUACCAACCUGGGUAAUGGUGAGCCGCACAUCCCAUCUCUACUGUCUAUGUCCACGAGGAACCACAUGGACAUCACCAUUCCACCUUUGCCUCCAGUAGCUCCAGAAGUUUUGCGAGUUGCUGAACACAGACACCGAAGGGGUCUUAUGUAUCCAUAUAUCUACCAUGUCCUUACUAAGGGUGAGAUUAAAAUCCCUGUAUGUAUUGAAGAUGAGUGUAACAUGGAGCUGCCUCCAGCUGCUCUCCUAUUCCGUUCAGCUCGUCAAUAUGUAUAUGGGGUCCUUUUCAGUCUUGCAGAGACACAGCGUAAAAUGGAACGUCUGGCUAUACGGAGGCGGCUGCCUGUAGAAGUUCCAUCAGUGAUCCUUAAAGAAUGGUCUGCCUAUAAAGGAAAGUCACCUCAAACUCCUGAGCUGGUAUCUGCACUGACAUUUCGGGAAUGGACUUGCCCAAACCUCAAGAAGCUUUGGCUAGGCAAAGCAGUUGAGGACAAGAACAGAAGGAUGCGGGCCUUUCUGGCCUGUAUGAAGUCAGACACUCCCAGUAUGCUCAAUCCAGCUAAUGUCCCCACCCAUCUGCUGCUCAUGUGCUGUGUACUCCGGUACAUGGUUCAGUGGCCUGGUGGCCGAAUCCUGCAUCGCCAUGAGCUAGACACUUUCCUUGCACAGGCAGUAUCUUCCCAACUUUAUGAACCAGAUCAGCUUCAAGAACUCAAGAUUGAGAAACUGGAUGCCCGAGGGAUCCAGCUUGCUGCCCUCUUCAUGAGUGGGGUCGACACAGCUCUAUUUGCCAAUGAUGCCUGUGGCCAGCCAGUUCCUUGGGAACAUUGCUGCCCCUGGAUUUACUUUGAUGGAAAACUGUUCCAGAGCAAGCUAAUUAAAGCAGGCCGAGAACGAGUAUCACUGGUUGAGCUCUGUGAUGGCCAGGCUGACUUGGCAACAAAAGUGGAAAAGAUGAGACAGAGUAUCCUUGAAGGAGUCAACAUGAAUUAUCCACCGCCUUCUGCUCUACUUCCAUCACCUACUUUUGUGCCUCCCAUGGUACCAUCUCUCUACCCUGUUCCACUUUAUUCCCGAGCCAUGGGCUCAAUGCCACCCCCCCCUCAAGGAAGGAGCCGGGGGGUUGCAGGUUUUCAUCCAAUCCCACCCCAAGGAGGAAAACUGGAGAUUGCUGGAAUGGUUGUGGGCCAGUGGGCUGGUAGCAGACCCUCUAGGGGCCGAGGCUCUUUUGGCAUGCAAGUAGUUUCUGUCGGUGGGCCAGGAAAGGGGCAUGGAAAAGAACAAACUGGUAGAGGAUCCAAAGGACAUAAAAAAGGAAAUAAACAAAUGAGGAAACCAAGAGAAAAUGGGAUGGGCACUUCAGAUGGAGUUUCUAAAUCCCUGGAGCCUCAUCAAGGCCAGUUCCGCUCACAGGUAAAUGGAAACAAUGGCACAUUGGUCAAAGAAGAGAAGAAUGAUCAUCAUCUUCCAGCUCCAUCACAAUGUGCCUUACCCAGAGACAGCACCAUGUGUAAUAAUGGUAACCGCUACUUCUCCGUGAAGAAUGGGGAGAAGAUCCACUUACAAGAGCAAAAGAUAGGAACUGUGGCACAGCAGAAAGAGGAAUAACAAGUGGAAGAUGGCUUCAUCUAAUCAGAAGAGGGGAAAACCUAUGCUUUUAUGAUUUUAAGCCCAAGUUAGAGGAGGACAAAAAUGCUAACCCUAGAUUUAUGCAGGAUUUCUAUGGAAUAUCUUAUUGUAUCUAUUUUUCCCCCUUUCCUGUCUUUCUCUGGGCCUACAUAAUGGUCUGCCCCUUGGGAAGCUCUGGUGAAAGAUGAGUGGCAGCAAGACUCCCUCCUGUUCUUAAAUUGAAUAUAUUGUGCCAAUAUUCUCUUUGUCUCCCCUAGUAAGGCAUUGACUAUCAGAAAUAAGCUGACAUCAUAUGAGGCCCUGUAGAAAAGUUCCAGCUUUGAUUUUUCUGAGUCCUUCUCAUGAUGAUCAUUUACAAAACACCUGAAGUGAUGGAGUCAACAGUCUUUGACCUCAUGACUUGCUGUUUUCUCUGUGAAGUACUGGAGCCUUGAUAUAUUCUCAGUAUCUACAUCCUUUCACUCUUUCUCCCAAUUCACCUACCCCAGGAUUUCAUACCACUGCCUCUAGCUCUGGUCUGACAAUCAGAUAGGUAGAUGUUUUCAGGGAAGUGAGGUAGUGUUGUUUCAUUUUUUAUUGUAUACACUAAAAUCACAUACAGAAUCUACCAAUGGCCUUUAUACUGGGCGAUUCAAGAGAGAUAGAAAAGUACUAGGCAGAUUUUUCCUGCUGCUGAACUAAAGCAUUGUUUGUAAACUAGAUGAUGUGGUGCAGUUCAUCUAUUCCCUACUGCCCACAUCCUGAAAGGGUGGGAAUGAAUGUGAUGAGAUACAAGUAUGAAAGGGAAUUUAAAAUACCACGUGUGUGUGUAUGUGUAUAGAAGUAUGUGGGUGGAUGUAUAUAUGAAUGUUUGUAUCUGUAUACAUACACAUACCCUUUAUAUAAAGAGACAUAUAUUUAUCUAUACAUAUUUUAUAUAUAAAUAUAUAAUGUAUGUGUGUAAAUAUGUAUGUGUGCAUAUAAAUAUAUAUAUAUGCACGUGCACACACACACAUGCAUUCAUACAUACCAACUUGGUGAUUUCCCAAAUGAUUUACUGAAUUUCCCAGAAAUGCUUCCACUGCUAUGGAGCGGUAUUUUUCAAAAGACCACACCUGAAAAUCCUUACCAAGUCACAGCCCAUCACAAUCAUGAGAAGAUGGACUUCUCUAAAGCAGACAGAAAUACUUUCCAGAGAAUUCCUGUUCAGAACAACAAAUAGUUUUCACAAGCUUAUUCUUGAACAGAGACCUCACAUCCCACAUGGUAAAAGAAAGAAUUUGGAAUAAGAUUAGAAAGAAUUGGACAUUUAUUUAUGAAGGAGCAUCCAGGCCUGGAGAGAAAACUAGUAUGGGAAGUGAUUAUAGGACUUGCAGCUUACUUGGAGAAAAUCUCAUAUGGGAAUCCAGGAUCAAAUUGAUCUCAGGCUAGAAAUGAUUGCCAUCAAGCACUGCAGGAGAAAGAACUAGCCCAGUUGGAAAAAUGGGAAGCAGGGUGUGAGGAUACCAACAAUUUGAUUUUAUAUGCCUGGACUGUUUCAUUUGUUCUUUGAUGUUUUGACUAGUGGAUCUUUUCAUUUUCUUUGUAAGGGAAAAUUAAGAGGAUUCUGGUACUGGUCUUUAGGGGUAUCCUGUAAAAGGUUAUUAGCCCCUUUGGAGCCGCACUCAAGCUAGGACAAGGAAAACAGCUGUUCAUUCUUAUCACAGAGAUAUUCUUAAGGUUACCUUGUAUUUCCUGUUUCCCACCUCAGUAGCUUAAGUAUGAGGGAUGGGAACAUGGCUCACAGCAGAUAAGCACUGUGUCUUCGUUCAGAAAUUGAGGCUUCUUUCUAGCCCCACACCUCCUUUUGGGCUAGAUGAUAAUCUUGCCCAAGAAAUAUAAUUUCUACAGGAAUACAACUGACUAGACUUUUAGCAGGGUUUUUCUCUCUCUUUGAAAAACCCCAUGCAUCUUAACCAUUAGCAGUCCUUGGUAAUUUUUCUCCAGAAGGCUGUUUGCUCACUGUCCACUAGAACAAGUGUAUCAUGAGAGACUGAAAAUAGUCUCAGACUGUUUAAUCCUAUUCUGACCCAGUUUAAGAGAACCCAUCAUUUGCAGGGGAAAGGAGCCCUAUAAUACUUCUCCCCCUGCUCAUUUAUGUAAAACUAAAGCAAGAUGACAAGAGUGCUGUGCACACCUAGACGGAUAUAAUCAGAAAAAGAGUAUACAAAAAUCUUCUCUUUGGUGUCAACUCUCCUGACUUGGUUCCCCCUCUUUUCAUGGACCUGCCCAACCUUAUCAUAAAGUUUGUGACCUCUAUAUGCAACAGAAGAGGGAUUUAGUAGUGGACUUAGAUGGCUUGGAAUUGUGUUUCUGGAGCCAGAAAGGGAAGAACCCUUGAGUUCUACAAGUAAAUAGAAGUAUUAAUCUUCAUUGAAUUAACUCUAAAGAAAAUCUCAUUUUCUAAUGGAAAGUGCUUGAAGUUAUAUAGAAAGGUAUUUCUUCCAUUGCUGCUUCUGUGCACCUUGAAACUAUUUGAUACAAUCAUUGACAGUAUUGUUAACGCUCACAGCAUUAAGGUUCCUUAUUUAAUCGGAAUUUACUGUGAGAAAUAAAAUUGCUGCUUUGACAGGAUGAUUCAAAUUUGCCAAAAAUUUUUGCUAUUUUCCUUUCUACACACCUCCACUUUUACCAGGCCCAACAUAAAACCCAGCUCACUUCCAAUCUUGAUUUUUAUUUGGAUUCAGCAUUUUGGGUUUGGAAAAAUUACUAGAAAGAACUCUAAUUUUAUAUAUCUCUCAAAAUACACAAUUUAGAAGCCAUAAAGACUGAGUUCAUUACUAGAGAAGGAACUUUUUCUCAUUGGGGGACAAAUUGUUGAACUGUUCUGAUCUUUGCUUUGAGUACCACUUUAAGAGACUGUUACUGUUCACUUGAGAUUCCAUUUCUGACUAUGAUGUGACCUUUCUUGGAUAGAGUCAUAUUGGAAGCCCUAGAAAUGACUCAUUUCCUUGUAGAGUCACAAGCAAAUGCACCUGAUUCCCCAGCUACUUACAAUUCUUAGUUUCUGCUGAUGGGUUUUGGGGUCAGCCGAUAAUUCCCAUUCUUAUUCAAUCAAUGGCCAGUCUGGUCUGUACCAGGCUUGACAAACUUCUUUGCUCACUUACAUUUUUUUUCUUUCUGAGCCAGUAGGACUUUGGGUAGACAUUAAAGCCCAAGGAAUGACACUUGCUUUGGCUAGUAACAUUUGACUUUUGUCUCCAUUCUGAUUUUCUGGCAUUGUUGGCCAAGUAACAUUAACAUGUUCUGAUCACUGAGAAAAACAACUGGAUGGGGCAUUAGGGAGGGUAGAGAAGGUGGGGGGGGGGUGGGGGGAGGAAUACUUAUGUAGGGUAGAAAGAAUGUGGAAGUAACUGUUUGAUUAUAGUGAUCCAGUCCAUCGGAUCCUUAGAAGGAUCCUUUGGGCAUGUCAGUGCUACCCUUUCAGCUUCAAAGAAAUCCCCUCCACCUGUUUUUAAAUGACGGUACAAGUAGACCACAGUUUAAAGUAGCUAGUGUAAUUCUACUGAGGUUUUAUCAUUAUACUUGUUCACUUCCUGAUGCAUUUUUCCUAAAUAUACUUGGGGUUUGGGGAGGGGUAAAUUUUCACUUCCAUUGUGUGUCACCCUCCUGUGACUUUGGCAUCUUCUUUUAUUUGAUGUUCCAUUUUCUUUUCCCUGGCUUAUUGCAAUAGUCUGCUGGUGCAAAUAGAGCUCAGUGCACCUGUUUCCCUGUUGCCACUAAUUAAUAUUGUCAAAGGUUAUUUUGAUGUUCAAAGAAGAUAACUUCAUGUUUUUCAAAAUCAUUUUUUCCAAUUUAAAGCAAAGUAAAAAUGCCCCCUGUGCUAGGAUAUGCAUUUUAGCUUUUGACAUUGCUCUUGUACUUUUAUAUAUGCUCUUUUUGUCUGUGUUGGUAGUAACUAAUGACUAGUGAGUUUUAUGUAAAUGAAGCAAACUAAAUAUUUCAGAUCUUAUUAAUCUGUCAUAACACUGCCAAAUCUGAGUGUUUCAUUUCAGUUACUUCCCAGAAGACAUUUCCCCUCACCCCACCCCCUUUAUUUUAUUCAUUUCUCUUUUAUUUUUAGAGUAACAUUCUAGGUAAAGAAACUUUAACUGCAAGGAGUCAAUGGUUCUUAGUGCUCCCUGAUAAAUGAUGUUAUUGACAAAAGUAAGAAAUUCUUUAAUUGUUUUUUUUUCCUGUGUUAAAAUCUCUUCUGUGCUUUUGACAGUGUGCUUAGUGGAUGGAUAAUAUGUAUUUCUCUUCCUCACUCCCAAAUUCCAAAUUCCCUGCCUUUUGAGCCCACCUUACCACAAAAGCUCCAUAGUUUAUUAAUGUAAGUUAGAAUGGAUGCUUCUUAGGGGAACCUGUGGGAGUUAGUGGAAAUGUUUCAUAAAGGAACUAGAAUGUCUCCAAGUUAUUCUGUGAUGGAAAUUAGUCUGUUGUUCUGUUAAUGCCGAUGGAAAGAAACUUACAGCGCUUAAUAAAAGUCUAUUCUUUUAGUAAAGAACUGUGAAACAA